UAGCACAAGCAUUGCGUCAUUUCAAGCUGUCCUUCCUGUCUUGCAGCCAUGGGGUCAUCCGCUAUCUGCUUCCUGUUUAUCGCCACACUUCUUCUGCAGAACGUGUUCGUUGGCAGCCUGUUUCUGCCCUUCGGUGGCAUCGUUUCGGCGGCGCACGGCAUCCUCGGCUUCAAGGUCUCCAUGGCUGCUUCCUUGCUGUCUAUGCUCAGCAAAGGAUUCACGGGCACAUUCAACCUUAGGGCUGGCACGGACUUCGACGAUUCCCUGUCCGAUGAGCACACCGGGCGGAGCGGUCCUUUCAUUAUUGACGCGACCACCACUACCGAGAAGACAGAAAUUGAGGGCCCUAAUUCGUCACUUCAAAACGCCCUCAACGUGGACGAGGAGAAGCACGAGACAGACCUGAUGUUCGCCUUCUUGAAGGGAAUCGACGACCACGAAUGUGUCUCUCGCAUGGUUUGCGAGAGCGCCGCCGACGCCUUACGCCUCGGCAAAGUGGGUAAAGCGACCAAGCAUUUCUUUGACACUCACGUGGGCGUCGGAACUGGAGCGGUCUCGGUAUUCAUCACCGCUGCCAAGACUGGCCACUCGCGGGGCCUUGCCGGCUGUGCGCAGGCCUUCCCAGAGUGCACCGCCGACAUACCUAACGUGCUCACCGCUGCCGGAAUGAUGUAGACAUUGACUGCCGAGAAUAAACGCUUUUAUACAUCCGUC